AUGGUUUCACUACUCCAGGAUCAAUCUAAUAUUAAAUUUUCUUCUUCGGACACUCUGGAAAGGGACCAACAAGACCUCAUGAAGACACAGGGGGAUUCAGUAUCCCCAGCUCAGCAAACUGAUAACCCCACUUACAACUGCCAACCAUAUGAGUCAGACAGCAGGACAGAAAGAAAGAGCUCAGAGUCUUCUCACAGCCCCAGCCCUGCUUCUCCGGCCCAGGACCAAAUUCACGGAAGAUACCCUACAAGCCAAGGAAUUCACUGUGGCAAGAACAAAUUUAAAGCAUCUUUCAGUACUGAAAAAUUCAGACGAUAUAGUUAUGAGGAAAGUACUGUAGGAAGUUAUGAUAGGUUUCUCAAGAGCAGCAGAAACCCCUUUCACCCUUACAAGAGGCAGAUCAGCGAAGAUGUCUUCCAGGAAGCACACCAAGCCCUCCCACCAGAAGGUUCACCGUUCAAAAAUGCUAGAAGCAUUGAUGGGUUUGAGAGUCUACCAGGAUCUACAGGUCCUGACGAGUCAGAGUCAUUUCCUACACACAUUCCGAAUAUCUCUGCAGAACAACCAUGGUGUAACAGCCUCCAAUACAGCACCACGGGUCAAGAUCAUGGUUCACAAGUCAUGCAGGAUUCAGACAUCAAGCUCAGGACAUCCCCACUAGAAGGGCAGCCCGGUUUAUACUGCUAUCAGCCUCAAGUGCAGCAGACGUAUUGCCCCUCACAUCCUUUCCAUCAGUAUCCCUCAGGAGGCAGCUACCCUGUGACUUAUAUUACUUCAUCACACUACCCUUACCAAAGAAUUGCUCCUCAAAGCAGUCAAGAAUCCCAGCAGCCUCUGUUUCCCAAACCCAUCUACUCCUACAGCAUCCUGAUCUUCAUGGCACUCAAAAACAGCAAGACAGGGAGUUUGCCAGUCAGUGAGAUUUACAAUUUCAUGACGGAACAUUUUCCUUACUUUAAGACAGCUCCAGAUGGCUGGAAGAAUUCUGUACGCCACAACUUAUCAUUGAACAAAUGCUUUGAGAAAGUUGAAAACAAGUCAGGCAAUUCUUCUCGGAAGGGCUGUUUGUGGGCUCUGAAUCCAGCCAAAAUCGAUAAGAUGCAGGAAGAGCUUCAGAAAUGGAAGAGGAAAGACCCAGUUGCUGUAAGGAAGAGUAUGGCAAAGCCAGAAGAACUUGACACACUGAUAGGCGACAAAAGUGAGAAGCUGAGACCUUCCAUCAUGUCCUGCAGUCCGACUGGUGUUGCAAGUGCAUCCCUUUCCAGGCAGAUGGCAGUCCAAUCCCACUCCUUGUGCGAGCCAUCUCUUUCCUCCGGGGUACCACAGCCAUUACAGAGUAUCCACGCAUCAGGAGCUCUGCAUGUCAAGAACCCCUUACCAAAUUUGCUCGGGGGGCAGCAGACUGCGUGCUACACAUCACCACAGGGGUUUCCUCCGAUCUCAAGUACGUUAAUGCAACAGUCACCUGACCCUCAGACCCUAUUUCCUUCUGGGGAGGCUCAGAGUGAACUCCGAACUCAGCCCAGCAUCACCCAGGAUUCUCCACUGCCGGCCCAGACCCCCCCCACCUGCGGUGUGAAGAUGCUGACAGAGCACUCGACAGCCAGGACAAUGCAGGACACGCUCAUGCAGGAAGGAGAUCUCAGCAAUGAUAUCGAUGCUCUUAAUCCAUCCCUGACUGAUUUUGAUCUCCAAGGAAAUCUUUGGGAGGAGCUGAAAGACGACAGCCUAGCUGUGGAUCCCCUAGUUCUCAUUUCAUCAUCCCCAAUGUCUUCCCAGUGUUUCCCUUCUCACUGCCAGAUGGAGAACAGCAGCAGCAACAGCAACAUCCCAAACGGAACUCCACACAGCAACUUACCCGACCUACAGCUCACUACUCUUUACUCUGCCUUUAUGGAAUUGGAUACAGUGUCUCCUGCCUACCUAAGUAAUUCUGGAUCCAAACCUAUAGCACUAAUGUGAACCACGCACCAAUCUAAUUAUUAUAAUUAUUUUGUCUAAAUACAGUCCUAACCAUCACAGACAUGUACCUAUCUGAUGUCAGCUGAAACUGUGUCCACCGGAAUAAGAAUAAUCUUUUUCCAGAACUCACCUGCAGGAUAUGUAGCUUUACUAUGAUAAUUUUCUACAGACAGAUAGUAAAUUUUUUUAAAAACUAUUUAAAGAUAAUAUUGUUAAAGGCUAAACUGGUCAACACCAUUUUAUCAAGCCACUCAUCUUCUGCAUCUUCAAGAAACAAAUGACUACAAGAAGAAAACAAAUCAUUGACUUUAUUCUUUUUUUUUUUUUUUAAUGAAAGCUGCUUGCAAAUGAACACAGAAGUCAAAGCACAUAAUAAUCUAACUUAUUUAUUGGAGCCAAUGAUGGCAACAACAUCUGCCACAGACCACUCAAAAAAAAAUAUAUCUGCAUAUUAAAACAUUUAUAGCGCCCUUAAAAGAAGUUCUGGGUUUUGGUAAACAAGACUAUAAACUGAAAAUUCUGCAAGUAUUAGAAGAUAGAGGACUAUCUGCUGACAGACUAAACCAAAGCAACAAAUAUACUUUAGUGAAAAAGUCUAAGUUUUACUGUGUUUAAAAAGAGAUUUAAAACUCUGCUUUUUUUAAUAAAAAAGAACAAAACAAUUUAGUAGAACUUUUACUUGGCUGGAAAUUAUUCAAAUUCAUUCCUCUAUUUUUAUCCACAUAAACUGAACAGUAAGAUGAAUUAUUCAACCAUUAAAUUAACAUUUUGAAAAAUGCUAAUAAAGAGAGAGAACAAUAAUAGUUGCAAUUAGCCAAAUCCAGAGAGCAUCUCUAUUUUAACAUCCGGCUGACAUCUGAUACAUCCACCAGGGUUCAUUACGAUGCUGAACUAGCCUUUGCAUUAGGACAGCAUAUGGUUCCUAACACACUUCUCUCUCUGAUUUACCAUAAAGGUGCUGCUUGUGAUGUGACUGAACAGUGUUUUAUUUCAAGUGAAACAAUCUAAAACCAAAGCAAUCUGGAGCAGGAACCUUUAACAACACCAAGGAAAAUAGUCUACAAACAAACAAACAAAAAAAAUGUGUCUUUAAUGACAUCUCUAUUCCCAUAUUAUGGAAAUCACAAGAAACUAAGGAAGUUAAAACUUAAGUCACAUUGGGUCACUUACACUAUGAAAAUCAGCAAGGAUUUACAAGGAAAACCAUAGACCAGGUAGAACAGUGAUAGUACUGUUAAAAUAAAUGCAUGAAAGUUUAGUUAGCUGCUUUCUCACAGCCAGGUGGGAUUACUGCCUGUUAGGAGUGAAGCCAAACCCAGGUUCAAAUCUACACCCUCAACCAUGCCUACUAGCCUAGACUUAAAAUCAGAUUAGGGGCAGACGGAUAGAGAAGAUUUAGGAAGAACACAUGUGAUGCAACUUUGUAAUCCCUCACGCAGCUAUCAAGAAAUCCUCACUUGACUUGAGCCCCUCUUCCUCUGCAUUCCUGCAAACAGAAUAUGCCGAGUGAGAAUAUGCAGACUCAAGCUUGCAAAGCUCUUCUAUUCAAAAAAACAGCAGGAAGAGAGUUGUACAAACAUAACAGAGCUAGGUGAAUCAAUUCUUGACCAACAUUUAGAUAAAGAAAUAAGGAAAAAAUUAAGUAUGCCACAUCACUAGAAAUGUGCAUACUACAUGAUAACCCUAAAGCAUACAGUAAGUAUAAAGCUGCUGAACAUUAUAUUCAGUAUAAUUUAAGAGUUACCAAGUUACAAAUAAAUACCUACCAAGUGCAAACUUUAAGAGCAAUAAUACUAUCCUAGCUACCUUUUUUGGGAAAAAAAAAAAAAACAACAAACAAAUAUAUAACUUAAUAUAACCAUGCACUGAGGAAAAACAAAACCAAACAGAUCCCCUGCCCUGCACUCAGGCAGCAUGUUUUUGCACCCCACUGGCUCUCCAACACAUAGCUACUAUUAUUCCUUAAAACAUGCCAACAUCUCUUAAGCCAAAAAUAACAAUAAGUGGUAAAUAAUGUUAUCUACAAAUAUUAGACCAUUUACAACAGAUCUGGCUUGUGCUGAGAGACUAGUUUCCCUAGCUCUGUGCAUUUGUAUGCUCUCUGACUUCGUCAGAAGACAGCACUACUCUGCCAGCACCCCCACUGCUCAGGUAGGACCAUCUGUGCCAGACCCUCAUAAAUACAUUCACUUAACUUCAGAGAACAGCCACUCUGACAUCAGUGGGACUUCUGCAUGCAGUUACCUACACCCUCAAGGACUUCUCAAGAUAAAACCCUCUCCAUUUAGAAGCCCUUCACUGCAAACACCAGAGUUGGUACACAGAUCAAAAUUUUCAGAGGCCUAAGGGAGUGACAUACUCAGUUUUCAAUUACUUUCAAUCACCAUUUGCAUCAAAUUCUUAUUAGCCUUUUUUACAAUCAUUACAAGAAUACAUACUGAGUAGCAUACCGUGAACCACAUUAUGGCCAGUAUACAGGAUGUUACAUUUUGCAAGAUAUUACCCUACAGAAUUAAUGGUCUUCCCAAUAUUUUAUAUUUGGCAGAGAGAGAUGAUGACAAGAGAAUGCAUGAGAAUGUACCAAAUGAAGUGUAUCAGGAAGGUCCAUCACGCUAAAGACAUGGCAAAAUUGUAAUAAAAUAUUUGUGAUUAAAGCAAAUCCACGGCAGAUGAAAAACCCAUUCAAACCAACAGUAUGAUUCUGGACCACACUUUAGAUGAGCUGAAUAUCUGCUACAGAAACUCCAAAAUCACAGAUUUUAAAUGAAGAAAAG